CGUCGUCGUUGGCGUCAUCGUCGUCGCGGUAAUUUACUUUAUUUUCUUUUUCCCAAAUCCCCCUCCCCUCUCCACCUCACGGUUUCUCUCGUGGGAGACUACGUGUAGCAUUCGUCUCGUCUCGUCUCGACCGGCACACAUUAUACGCUUUUUCCUUUCCCCUAUCCUCGCCUUCCCAUUGCUGUUGCUGCUGCUUCUUCUCUUUCUCUUUCUCUUUGUGGAAGCAAGGAUAGACGGAGACAUAUAUAUACUUGGUGGAUUUUAAAAUUCGACCAAGAGGAGCCAAGCUUCCUUGGAAUACUCUCUGGAACGAAGUAUAGCAGCAUGGUAUGAUAAAGCGAGCCUGAAGAUUUUCCCCCUUGAAAAUGAAGAAACCUCAUAUCUUAACGUAUCUAGUAAUCCUACCUCUAGUGCUGGGAUUUACCUUGCAAGAGGACGAUCUUGUUUUCGACGAUGUCGGCGAGGAAACAAGCAGUACUCCUUCGAUCGAGAGACACAUCAAAAAUAAUAAUAGAAAUGGGAUAGAACGCGAUCAAAAAUUGGCAAAAGAUACUAUGAAGAGACAUCAUCGGCUCGAGAGAUUAUGGAAUAUUCCGGAUGUUGUUGUUCCAGUGGGUCACGUUUUCAAGCUGAGGAUCACGAGACAAGUUUUCGAUGGUAGUGUAGAUCGUUACGAGAUACACGAGGCAAAUGGACAAAGCUUACCUCGUUGGUUGUACUGGGACGAUGCAGCUUCAACACUUCUUGGUGUUCCAUCGAAAAAAGACGUGGGCAAUCAUCGUUUAAUUGUCAAGGCUAUUGGAAAAUAUGGCGAAAAUGCUAAAGACACGUUCGUCGUUCAGGUUAUCCCGGAGAAACGCGAGGAAGUUAAGCAUAAAGACGGCAAGACUCACUGUAAAGAAGGAGAAGACCAGACGUUGCUAACGAUUUUGUUGGAUGUCAAGUUUGAGAAUCUCACGCCGUCCGUUAAAUUAAAUGCGAUCGAGAAUCUCGCUGGAUUUUUGGGACUCCACAACAGCGCAUUUUCUAUGCAUCCUCAAAGUGGCAAACUCGAAAUCACGAAUCCUGAUUCUCUGGUUAUAUUUUCUGGACCUGGUAACGUUAAACAUCGUACCGAGAAACAUCUGACAACUAUACAGUGGCAGGUUGGUUGCGAUGGUCAUUUAUGGAAGCAUCAAACAGAUUUGGUUAAACAACUGCGAGAUCAGGCGAAGGAUGGGACGCUAGCGGAAGUUCUUCAACUUCCAGUACUAUUGUGGCGAGUUAAGACUGACUCGACUUCUCUAUCUAGAAACCGUAGAGAAGUGGGAUCUGGUGAUUUUGACGCCGACGAUUACGAAGGUUACGAUUACGACGAUGAUGAGUAUGGGGAAGACGAAGAUGGUGGUGACGAUAACGAAGCUGUCACGGAAACACCAUUGCAGCCAACUUUGUUUGUGCCAAAUGCUAAUUCGAGAGGAAACACCGAAUGGUUGGAACAUCCACAUAGACAUCAUCACGGAGAAGAAACAUUAGUUUUGGACAACGAAGAAGAGAUUGAAGAACGAGAAAUUAUCCCAUAUCUCGAUCGAGAAGCUAAUGCCUCGUUAGGUGUUUCUUCUAGCACAACAACCACCCAAAUUACACCGUCAUCAUCUACUACAACAACCACAACCAUGCCUACUACGACUACUUCAACUACUACAACGACUCAAGCUACGACAAUGCCCACGAGUACAACUACUACUCCGAAUACAACAACUACUACUACUACUACAACUACUACAACUACAACUAGCAUGACCACGACAAGUACAAUAGCAGAUACAACAACUACCGCUUCGAGUACUGUCGUUCCAUCAACAGAAUCUACCAAGGUGGUUAUCCUGGAAGAUAUCGGAGAAAAUACUGAACUCGUGGACGUGGAAUCCGUUACCCUGUUACCCACAAUAUCUCCCGAAAUCACUACCACUCUAUCAUCGAUUACUACUACGCUUCAAUUUAGCGCAACAGCUGCUUCAAGCAGCGCUACCGGAAAAGCAGAAACAGAAGCUACCACUGUUAUUGCUAACGUUACGUUCGAAGAGCCUACGUAUGGAACAACAGUACCUGCAACGCACCAACCAACAACGACCCCGAUUGCGACAUCUACUACUGUUAGUAGUACAAGUGUCCCUACAACUAUCCCACCCACGCAACCUGCUACGGUAUCUUCUACAUUUAACACAACAUUAGAAAUACAUGCAACACCAACGACUGCGAGUACAUCCAAUGUUUCUGCUGUUGCUGCUGCUGCUGCUACUACUACUACUACUUCUACUUCUACUACUACUACUACUACUACUACUAGCGCUACUACAACCACUACGACUCCUCAACAACCAACUACUAUCGUUACUAUACCACCAACAACAGAAAAUAUUCUAACUCCGGUUAUCAAUUUACCACCCAAAAAGGACAGAAGAUUGAAGAAACUUCGAGUAGUUGCUGGCAAACCAUUAAGUUACUUUAUACCUGCUGACACCUUCAGUGAUACCGAGGAUGGUAAUACGAAAAAUCUCAAAUUGGGUCUAUAUCUACAAGGUGUACCGAUCAAACCGACCAAUUGGCUUCAAUUCAAUCCUCAUACUCAAGAAGUCUAUGGACUACCUCUAGAAAACGACAUUUCUACUUGGACUUAUGAAUUGGUGGCCACGGAUAGCGGCGGACUAAAUAUUUCAGAUAUAUUAGAUGUUCACGUUCAACAGCACAGAUUAAGUCGCAUCGUCAAUCAUGAAUUUAGUAUUUAUCUGAAAAUAGAUAAACGCAAUCGUUUUCCAACCGACGUUGAUUGGAAAUUACAGGUAAUCGGAAGUUUGGCUGAAUUGUAUGGUGACGCGGAUCCACAAUAUAUAACGGUACGAGCAAUCGACAUUGAUCACGAUCAAGCUAUUUUCACUUGGAUGAACGACACCUUCCCCCGGAGUAGCGAGUGUCCCAAAGAUCACAUAAAUGAAUUGUUACGCAUUUUAAUCGAUAAGGAUGGAGACCCUAGUCCCUUAUUGAGAAGAGCUUUGGAAUCCGAAAUAAGAGUUAAGCGUGUUGUUUUCCAAGGAAUUGGCCAAUGUGAUGAUAUGAAUCAAUCGGCGGGAAUACCUAAAAUUCAUACCGAAGAACCCAAAGUGAACUUCCCUCCUGUACCAAGAAAUCAAGUGGAUCAUGUCAAUGCCACCGUAGGACAGUUGCUCGUGUUCAAAGUCCCAGAAGACACGUUCUUUGAUGCAGAGGAUGGAUCUUCUCGUAAUAUGAAAAUGUCUUUAUUAACGAUUGACCGUACACCCAUUCCGGCCAAUGAAUGGCUACAGUUUGAUAGUAAAAAUCAAGAAUUUUAUGGUGUACCUUUACAUAAUGACAUAGGUCGAAAGGAAUAUCAAUUGGUCGUGACAGAUAGAGAAGGUGCUAGUGCUACAGAUGGUUUAGUAGUUGUCGUACAUCAAGCUCCGUUUAUGUCGCAUACGGUUGAGUUUUCUAUGACUUUGGAUAUACCUUACGAAUCGUUUGCUCAUUCAGCAAUGCAAAAACGUGAUUUUAUAGAAAAAUUACGCGACUUAUACAACGAUCGUGAUACCAGUGCUAUUUCAUUGCACAGCAUUUCCAACGGCAGUACCGUCAUUACGUGGCACAAUAGAACAUUACCAACAACUUAUUGCGCACACGAAGAAGUUGGUAGAUUACGAGCGGUAUUGGUAAAAAGUGACAAUGAUAGGAGAUCGGUGACGGACGAGGUCUUAGACGUGAUGGGUGUGAAAUUUCCGGUUAAGCAAAUAACCGUAAUACCAAUGGGAAUAUGUCGCGGUGAAUUGACGGGCGUUCAUUCUCCAGAUGGUAAUGCACCACCCGUCGACGAUUCCACUUCUGUCGGAGCAUUUCACGAUGAUUAUCUCAUCACCUUCGUUCUUCCUGCAAUAAUAGUAGCGGCUAUGCUCAUUUUCGCCGGUGUCAUAGCUUGCAUACUUUACAAACGAAGACGCAGCGGGAAGAUGAGCGUCAGCGAACAGGACGAUGAGCGACAGAGUUUUCGUAGCAAAGGAAUACCCGUGAUAUUUCAAGACGAGCUUGAUGAAAAACCAGAUCCAGGCAACAAGUCGCCCGUUAUCUUGAAAGAAGAGAAACCACCUCUUCCACCUCCGGAAUAUCAAAAGAGCGAAGACGGAGCUGACGUACCAAUGUUACCGAAAGAAAAUUCUGAGGAGCCUUACCAACCACCACCGCCGUUCGCGACGAAUCGCGAUACGAAUCGACAAAAUCGUCCAAAACCUACGCCGACGUACAGAAAACCGCCCCCAUACGUGCCUCCCUAACAAAAUGCAGUGCACUCGCCUACGCGCAAAUAUAUGUUAGCUAUGCUCGGAGAUGCAUCACCGAUACACGUGCAAAAGCAAAAGGAUUCUUAUAAGAAAUCUCAGUUUGGCGGAAACGUUGAAAAUUACGGGGCUCUAAACGUUUACAGCGAUCACUGAACAUUGAACUUUUACUUUUAUUGCACGAGGUAUCAAAUAAGAAACCGAAAGAUUUCUUCGCGAGAAGUAAUCUACUUGCACGUUUUUACUUAUUACGUUUAUAACUACGGACAAAUUGAUUGUCACUAUAACUACAAGUUUAAACUGAAACGUUGGCCUUACGUUUAACGUGAACUUAAGAGAACAAACUUUUAUAACCUCCAUUAACGUAUUUCAUUGAAUCUUCUUUUCUAUUUCAUUUAUCGAAAAAGUAUUUUUUAAGGAGUAUGGAAUACAAAUCACACGUUGCCUUUCGUAACGAAUUCAAACUAUAAAGAAGGAUUAACUGCUCCGAUUGAACGAGUAAAUUUAAUUUAGAUCAUUGUAGAAUCAGCAGCAGCAGCAACAGUAGCAGCAGCAACAACAACAACAACAACAGUGAUAGGACGACGACAAGGUAUACUUUUAUUCGAAAUAAUGCUCAAGAGACAGCAACGACUUUCGUAUUUUAGUAAUCAGUACCAUUUUUCUAAGCAAUAAGCGUACAAUUCUACCUAGCGUACUUGCGCCUAUUAGAUCUACGGCUUAUUGCCAUAAUAUAAACUUGACAAAUCGAUCAAGUUUCUUCAAGAAGUAUUUGAGAAUUCUAAAGAAACUUUUAAUCGUAUGUGCAACAUAUAACACUGCCAGAAAAGUAAUACAAUCGUUAUACUAUACGAUGUGUAGUACAGCCGGUGAUUAAAAACGUCAGUUUAACGGAACCGAAUUUUAGUUCAUUAACUUUAACAUCUUUUAAGAUUUAAUCGAACUGGUGCUUAGCGGAAUCAUUGUUGUUUUGAUAAAUAAAUGUUCUACAGUUGAAGAAAACCCGAUGACGAGCCCUUAAUUAUAAAAUUUUCAAAAAUAUUGAUGAUUCGUGCAAUGCCAUUGAAAAGUGACAGCAAAAUGCUUCCAUUGGCGCCGUAGGCCAUUCAGAUUAAAGACAAAAUAUAAAAAUAUAAUAAUAAUAAUAAUAAUAAUAAUAAUAAUAUAUAUAUAUUAUACCUAUUUGCUGUUCGAUAGACAUUGUCUGUAAGGUAUUUAGAACAAAGAUAUUUAAAUACUGCCAGACAAACGUCGUAACAAUUACGUUCUUUUAUGUGUAAAAAAUUCAGCAUCGGUCCUACUUUUUCUUCUUUUUCUUCUUUUUCACGCACAAUUCGUGGCAACGACGUUUUUUGGGAACAACAAAUUGUACGAUUAUAUCGCCGGAGAGAUAAGUUUAACUCUGCCUUUUCAUUUUGAGAAAUUUCUAUUACAAUCAAUUUUAACAAGGAAUUUAGAUCAACGUUAACGAAUGAUUUUUAACAUUGAUUUAAAUACCAACGCAUUCAUACACAAAUAAUAUACCUUAUAUAAUUUAGAUAUUACAUAGUUACCAAGCCAAAAAAUAAUUAAUAUUUAACAAAUGGGGAAAUGAGAUUAAAUAGUUAGCGCUACAAGUAAAAAAAAGAAAAAAAAUUAACUAAAAAGAGAACGGGGAGAAAAAUCAACGCGAAAUCGUAAAAGAAAAUAAAAAAAGAAAAAAAAACGUUAUUCAGAACGUGUUCGGCGGCUUGUUGUUCAAGGACACGUUUUGUUUUAUAAUCAUUUUUGUAAUAUUUUAGCGUAACGCUAAACACCAAUGCUAAUAAUUUAACGUGCGGGACGCGAUAAACGGGUAAAAUAUCUAACACGUACUACAGCCCCGUGUGUUUCUUCGAUACCUCGAUACUUUUUCCUGAUAUUUUUGAAAAAGGAAAUGUAAGAAACGAUUUAUAACAAAAAAAAAAAAAGAAAAAAAAGAAAAGAAUGAAAGAAAAAAGGAAAAGAAAAAAGAAACAAAGUAUCAUCCUGUGCAACCUCGAGUUUUAAAGGCGUUUCGUCUUUUAUUCGUCUCAUUACCGACAGACGGACAGACAGACAGAUACACAGACUCCCUGACGCAACCCUAACAAAAUCGCAAAUAUUGGGUGAAACUCCUAUGAAAGUCGUGUGAAUGGUAAUAACUAUUGUAUGUAACAUAGCAAAUGGAUGUUUCGUAUGUGUGUGUAUGUGUGUAUGCGUGUGCAAGCUAAAUUACUUGAAAUAUAUAUAUAAUCUAUUAAUUCGCGUCUUUGUAAACUCUGAGAGUUGAUAACACGACGAUUGAGUCCUUUUCAUUAUCUCUUGUUUAUCGCAGAAAAACUUUUUACUAACUUUUUUACUACGUGUGCGCAGUCAAGAUAUUAGAGUGAUGUAUUCUUUCGUUUAAGAAGUCUCAUGCAUACACACAGAUACAUACACACACACACACACAAAAGUAGUUUAUUUUUCUAUUUUUUAUUUCCUUUCUAUACUAUUCCUUUCUUUUUUUCUUUAUUCUAUAAUGAAAGUUAGUUUUGAUAGCAGAAAAAUAAUGAUUAUCUAUCGACGCUUAAUUAUUAAUACUUUUUUAUGAAUUAGGAGGUAAGAAAUAUAGAAGGCGCAUGUAAGUAUGUAUUUUUCUUGUAUUUAUAUAAUCGGAUAAUGAAAAAAAAAGAGAAAAUAUUCUCCUUUAAAUUCGCUGUAAUGAAUUUAUUUAUCUUUUUCGCAAGCUGCGAUAAACAAGUUCUUCUCAUAUCAUGCUUUUAAUCAUAUCAUCCAUCGCUCGUGCAUCUUCUUUAAAACUCUACAUCGUAUUAUUGUGAAAAUGGAGAUUAUGUAUAAUAGUCGUGUACAAUAUCUUCAUACGUAAAUAUGUAUAUGACAAGAAACGAUGCGAUUUGAAAGCUAUAAGAAAAAUUCGUUUGAAAGAAAUUCUAUCGUAAUGAAGGGCCCACAAGGCUCCUUUUGUCCACAAGGACUUCAUUGAUCGAAUACGUGUAUAUCUUCGAAAUAUUUUAUAAUUGUAUAAAGGAUACGAACAAAAAUGUGAAAAAAGCAAAUAGACGAAGGAAGAUAUGCUUACGUAAUAUAAGUAAAUGAUAACAAUUUCAUCGUCAUUUUUGUAUUUCAAUGUAAAAUGAUUUAUCGAUUGGACGCACUUAAAUUCAUGCAAAAUUAUUAUUUGCCGAGACAAGAGAACAAAAAUGGCAAGUUUAUUACACUAUCGUAUCGUCCAUACGAUUUACACAAUUUAUAUAUAUAUAUAUAUAUAUAUAAUAUAUUUAGGUAUAGAGUUAUAAUGGCAGGUUCAACAAUAUUUUCAUCUCCAAGAUAAACGUCAUUGCGUCGGUAUAAUUUUUCGCUAAGCGAAACAAAAAAUAAAAAAAAGAUUAAUUUAAAUUUUAAAAAUUAGGAGGUAAUCGCGUAUAAAAGAGAGUUUUUUUUUAAUAUUCUAGAAUGUUUUUUUUUUCGAAAUGAUUUUAAAGCCUACGUGCGUAGUUCAAGCACGCUCGUCGACGAGGAUGAAUGAAUGAAAUAUUGAAACAAUGAUUAUACACUUACGGAAAUGUAUUUAUGGCAAGUACUACAUAUUAAAAACGUGUAAGGUUACGAGUUAAUAAAAAGCCAUUUUAGGGUACAACGUGUGCGUCCUUUGUACUUGUCGUCUUAAGUUUUAAGCUUUUUCGUAGGGAUGUGUGAACGAAAAUUCUUUUGGGUAAGAUUAAAAAAUCUGUAACAUCGGGAAAGGUAAACGAAAUCGAAUCGUGACUAUAAGAAUGAUCCUUAAAAAAAAAGAAAAAAGAACGUACGAAUAGGAAGGAACGAACGAGAGUCACGCGAAAAUGAUCGAUCGUUAUACUUCCAAAGUCGAGCGGGCUACGUUUAGAGCAUAAUUACUAUAUAGACAUGACUUGUGUCUCCUUUUUGUAUCAUUAAAAUGUAAGUUCUCGCGUCGUUUUCAUCAAAGUAUCCAAAUAUACAUUAUGUUUUUACGAAA